UUCCUAGACGCGAUGCAGGGGAUCAAGGCCUCUGUCUUGGCAACUCAGACGAGUUCUCAUCCAUUUGUGAAGCCCUUUUUGUCGAUUUUUCGGUCGCCGAGCACAAUUCCAAUUCGCAACUCGCAUUUUAGCAUCUCCAUCGCUUUCUCUCUCUAAAAAACACAUUUGCUUUCUCUCUCCUCUUUUAAUUAUUGAAUUUUUUACCCUUUUAAUUUUCGGAACAGAAUUUGUCCAGCGAUUUUGUAUCCAAUCGAUCCCUUUUGGGGAUUCAAUUCCCCCAUUUGGAUUCGCCCUUCAGCUCCUUAUAUUCUCGGCUUCUCUGAGAAGAGAGAGAAUUCCGUGACAGAAAAGAAGAAGAAGAAGAAGAAGAAAUAAAAGCUCAGAUUUUUAAGGUUUGCAGCAAUCUUUGGAUGCAAAUUAAGAUUAGAUGGGUGACGUCGGAGAGAUUGGACCUGAUAUCAGUUCGGAUAUAGAAGAAGACUUGAGGUGCAAUAAUAUUGCGGAGAAAGAUGUCAGUGACGAAGAGAUUGAAUCGGAAGAUUUGGAGAUGCGGAUGUGGAAGGAUCGAAUCAAACUCAAAAGGCUUAGAGAAAGACAGAAACUUGAAGCUCAACAAGCUGCUGAAAAACAGAAGCCCAAGCAGACCUCUGAUCAGGCUCGUAGGAAGAAAAUGUCAAGAGCACAAGAUGGGAUUCUUAAGUAUAUGCUGAAGCUGAUGGAAGUGUGCACUCGUGGUUUUGUGUAUGGUAUCAUUCCUGAGAAGGGCAAGCCAGUGAGCGGUGCUUCAGAUAACGUCAGGGCUUGGUGGAAAGAAAAGGUGAAGUUCGAUAAGAAUGGGCCUGCAGCCAUAGCCAAGUAUGAAGCGGAGUGUCUUGCCAUGAGUGAUGCAGAUAAUAAUCGAAAUGGGAAUUCUCAGAGUAUCCUCCAAGAUCUACAAGAUGCAACUCUUGGUUCUCUGUUGUCUUCUUUGAUGCAACACUGUGACCCCCCUCAAAGGAAGUAUCCGUUAGAAAAGGGAGUUCCACCACCUUGGUGGCCAACAGGAAAUGAAGAUUGGUGGGUCAAAUUAGGGCUAGCCCAUGGUCAGAGUCCUCCUUAUAAGAAGCCGCACGACCUAAAGAAGAUGUGGAAAGUUGGAGUGCUAACUGCUGUGAUAAAGCAUAUGUCACCUGAUAUUGCAAAGAUAAGGAAGCACGUCCGCCAGUCAAAAUGCUUACAGGAUAAGAUGACAGCAAAGGAGAGUGCAAUUUGGUUAGGGGUUUUAAGCCGAGAAGAAUCUCUCAUUAGGCAGCCUAGUAGUGAUAAUGGGACAUCUGGCAUUAUUGAGAUGCCACAAAGUGGCUGUGGUGAAAAGCAAGCUGCUGCUAGCAGUAACAGUGACUAUGAUGUUGAUGGUACUGAUGAUGGGUUAGGGUCGGUUUCUUCAUCCAAAGAUGAUAUGAGGAAUCAGGUGACGGAUGUAGAGCCAUUGAGCAAACUACGCAAUAAUUCUCGUAAUAAUGUCCAAUAUAAAGAGCAAGGUGAAAAGAAACCGAGGACAAAAAGGGCACGUGUCAGAGCAAGCCCUGUCGAACAACUUCCUGCACCAUCUCCCAAUGAGCAUCUACAUGUUCGAGGUGCAUUGCCUGAUAUAAACCACACUGAUGUACAGAUGAUUGGAUUUCAGGUCCAUGAGAAUCAACAGGAAAAUGGUGGCAUUACAACUUUACGGCCGCUGGAGAACGAUCUUGAUGUCCAAGCACAAAUACCUGCGCCUGAGUUUAACUACUACCCUGGUGUACCUUCUGAGAAUGUAAUUAUGACACAGGGUAUGCAUGUUGGUGGAACACCCUUGCUUUAUCAUGGGGUGCAAGAUGCUGACAUGCAUCAUGGAGAUACAUUUAACCAGCAUCAUGGAGAUACAUUUAACCUCUAUAAUCCUUUGGCACAAUAUCCCCCAAGUCAAGACCAGCAGCUGCCUCAGAUUGUAAUGAAUAAACCGCAGGUUAUACCAACGAAUGGAAUCCAUGUACCAGUACAUAGAAAUGGAAGUGAGAUUGCUGGAGGAGAUCCAAAUUUUGUUCAAGACACAUUUCAGAGUGAGCAAGACAGAACUGCCAAUGCUAACUUUGGGUCUCCAAUUGAUAGCCUGUCGUUAGAUUAUGGAUUAUUCAACAGCCCAUUCAACUUUGGAAUUGAUAGCACCGGUUCAUUAGAUGAUCUUGAACUCGAAGAAAUGAUGGAGUACUUUGCGGCAUAGUCUAUUAGAUCCUAUAUCCGCAUGGCUUAGAUUGUAAGUCAUGUUUCAGUCUUAUAUUCUACCCUUUUUUAUAACUUGUGUUCAGAAUUUGAUCAAGUGAUUCUUAUUUCUCAAUGUUUCUCUGGCAUCUUGUUAAUAACUAGUCUUAAUAAUUUGAUCAAGAUUUUUACUU